ACCCCCCACCCCCAGCCCCGACAGCCCAGCCGCCCAGGACCAGCUCCAUUCCCCGCACGCAGACCUCCGGUGCUGGCUGGCUCCCUCCUGGGCCUCCCGGUGCCUCCCGGUCCAGCCUUCUUCGUCCUCCAUCUCCUCCCCGGCCAGGGACGCGCGCGGGUUCAAUUCCCCGCGUCCCCCGGGAGACGCCCUUUCCCCGAGCGCCCGGGACUUGGUGAAACUUUCCAGGCACCGGAGGUGGAAUGGAUCCCAUCGCAGCCGUCUGGCUCGGGCUCCUGCUCCUGGCUGCCAGCCUCCGCCCCGGCGCUGCGUCUCUGCGAGCCGCCCAGCGAAAACCAGGCAAGAUGGGGCCUCCUCUGGAUAUCAAGCUGGGCGCAUUGAACUGCACAGCUUUCAGCAUCCAGUGGAAAAUGCCAAAGCAUUCUGGGAGCCCCAUCACUGGGUACACGGUCUUUUACUCUGAGGUCGGUGCAGAGAAGUCCUUGAGGGAGCGAUCUCAUAAUGUGCCUCUCAGCCAGGACACCCCAAUCACCGAGGAAGUGAUCAGAGAUUUGAAACCAGGCACUGAAUAUCGAGUGAGCGUAGCAGCUUACAGCCCGACGGGCAAAGGGAGGCUUAGCUCUCCUCGGCAUGUGACCACUCUGUCCCAAGAUUCCUGCCUGCCCCCAGCAGCGCCCCAGCAGCUACAGGUUCUAGUGGUCUCUGGCUCGGAGGUGGCUCUCUCGUGGAAACCUGGAGAGAAGGGGAGAAGAGCUCCAGUUCUACACUACUCUGUGGAGUUCAUCAGGCCAGACUUUGACAAGAGCUGGACCAUAAUCCAAGAGCAUAUCCAGAUGGAUUCCAUGGUUCUGAAAGGCCUCGAUCCAGAUACCAACUAUCAGUUUGCCGUGAGGGCCGUGAAUCUUCAUGGCUCUAGCCCACGCAGCUGGCCCAGCAACACCGUUAGAACUCUGGGCCCCGAGGAGACAGGAAGUGGCCGCUAUGGACCUCAUUACAUCACCAACACUGGAGUGGGUGAGGAUGAUGAUGGAUUUGAAGAUGACCUAGACCUGGAUGUCUCCUUCGAGGAGGUUAAACCACUUCCCGCGACCAAACAAGGGACUAAGAAGUUCUUGGUGGAACCUAAGAUGACAUCUCUCUACAACCCAGACACUGGCUCCAGGCACAGCCCCCCACCCUCAGCAUCCCUCCCCGUGACACCGCCUGCUGUCCCUCCCACUCCGGCCCAGCAGAAAGGGAGGCACAGCGUGGCCAAGAUGUCCAGGCUCUUUGACAUGUCCUGCGAUGAAACCCUCUGUUCGGCCGACAGCUUCUGUGUCAACGACUAUACCUGGGCGGGCUCACGAUGCCACUGCAACCUAGGGAGAGGAGGCGAGGGUUGCUCAGAAGACAUCCUUAUACAGUAUCCUCAGUUCUUUGGCCACUCCUACAUGACCUUUGAACCUCUGAAGAACUCCUAUCAGGCAUUUCAGAUUACUCUGGAAUUCAGGGCAGAGGCAGAGGAUGGCCUGCUGCUUUACUGCGGGGAGAAUGAGCAUGGGAGAGGCGACUUCAUGGCGCUGGCUCUAAUCCGACGUGCCCUCCACUUCAGAUUUAACUGUGGAACUGGGGUUGCUACCCUCAUCAGCAAGAGCAAAAUCAAACUGGGGGCUUGGCACACAGUGACACUGUACAGAGAUGGACCAAACGGGCUGCUUCAGCUGAACAAUGGCACCCCAGUAACAGGCCAGUCCCAGGGCCAGUACAGCAAAAUUACCUUCCGGACAGCUCUCUAUCUUGGUGGGGCUCCCAGUGCUUACUGGCUGGUCAGAGCAACGGGGACAAACCGUGGCUUCCAAGGCUGCGUGCAGUCUCUGACUGUUAAUGGGAAGAAGAUUGACAUGAGGCCGUGGCCCCUGGGAAAAGCCCUCAGUGGGGCUGACGUGGGGGAAUGCAGCAGCGGCAUCUGUGACGCGGCCUCCUGCAUCAAUGGCGGCACGUGUGCGGCCAUCAAAGCCGACUCCUACAUUUGCCUCUGUCCCCUCGGGUUCAAGGGUCGACACUGUGAAGAUGCUUUCGCCUUGACCAUCCCUCAGUUCCGAGAGUCGCUGCGAUCCUACGCUGCCACGCCCUGGCCCCUGGAGCCCCAGCAUUACCUCUCCUUCACCGAGUUUGAGCUCACGUUUCGGCCAGACUCGGCCGAUGGCGUCCUCCUAUACAGCUGUGACACGAGCAGCAAGGACUUCCUGUCCAUCAACAUGGCGGGGGGCCACGUGGAGUUCCGCUUUGACUGUGGCUCUGGCACUGGGACCCUCAGGAGCGAAGAGUCCCUCACCCUAGGCCAAUGGCAUGAGCUACGUGUGUCUCGCACAGCAAGGAGUGGCAUCUUACAGGUGGAUAAGCAGAAGGUGGUAGAGGGAAUGGCAGAGGGAGGCUUCACCCAGAUUAAGUGCAACACGGAUAUUUUUAUUGGUGGUGUUCCCAACUAUGAUAAUGUCAAGAAGAACGCGGGCAUCCUCCAGCCUUUCAGUGGAAGCAUCCAGAAGAUCAUCCUGAAUGACCGAACCAUCCAUGUGAAGCAUGACUUCACAUCUGGGGUGAACGUGGAGAACGCGAUGCAUCCCUGUGUGGGGGCCCCCUGUGCUCACGGAGGCAGCUGCCGGCCCAGGAAGGAGGGCUAUGAGUGUGACUGUCCCUUGGGCUUUGAGGGCCUGCAAUGCCAGAAAGCCAUCAGUGAAGCCAUUGAGAUUCCGCAGUUUAUUGGCCGCAGUUACCUGAUGUAUGACAAUCCAGAUAUCCUCAAGAGGGUCUCAGGUUCAAGAUCAAAUGCAUUCAUGAGGUUUAAGACGACUGCCAAGGAUGGUCUGCUGCUGUGGAGGGGAGACAGCCCCAUGAGACCCAACAGCGACUUCAUAUCCCUGGGCCUUCAGGAUGGAGCCCUGGUGUUCAGCUACAACCUGGGCAGUGGUGUGGCAUCCAUCAUGGUGAAUGGCUCCUUCAGCGACGGCCGGUGGCACCGGGUCAAGGCUGUCAGAGACGGCCCAUCUGGGAAGAUCACUGUGGAUGACUAUGGAGCCAGGACCGGCAAGUCACCAGGCAUGAUGAGGCAACUGAACAUCAAUGGCCCUCUGUACGUGGGUGGAAUGAAGGAAAUUGCUCUACAUACCCACAGACAAUAUAUGCGAGGCCUUGUGGGCUGCAUCUCUCAUUUCACCCUAUCCACGGAUUACCACAUCUCCCUUGUGGAAGCUGCGCUGGAUGGGAAAAACAUCAACACUUGUGGAGCCAAGUAACACCAGCUGGCCUUGCCCAAGGGACAGAGCCUCUAUCCUGAGCAUCCCAGGGGCCCAGUGACCCUGCUCAGAGCUGCACGCAGAGGCCCGGGAACCAGGUGUGUUUCCUGUCAUCAAGGACAAAGUACACCCUGGUGGGAACUGAGAAUCAAGCCCAGAGGCCCGGGGUGGCCUUUCCUGCUGACACUCUGUGGAACCAACUCAGUGGAAUCCUGUGUGUAGGAAGCAAUUGGACUUCAGGCAUUGAAUGUGUGGUGUGUGCAAGAGAUCACAGAUCAUUGCAAAUUCCCGAGCUUGUCUGCUAUAACUCAAUGGCUGUUUUUGUCAGAGAGAGAAAGAGAGAGAGAGAGAGAGAGAGAGAGAGAGAGAGAGAAGAAUUGAGGAGUAGAGAGAGCAGAAAGAGUGGAGAGAACAAACCAGCCCUUCAGAGCAGUAUUAACUUUUUCCCUCCCCUGACUUGUGACAUUAGCCGAAUAACUGGAUGACUUAAAAUGCCCUACCUUGGCCUGUGGAUUGAUCAGAUUAACCUUUAUGUCCUCACGGGCUGACCCAAUGUGCUAUGCCUAUCCCAUAGAAGAUAACGGUUGGGGAAGAUUAAACAAAGACUCAUAAUCAGAAGGUGACCCCUUUUCCCCAAAGCUGAACUUAAAGGCAAAAUCCUUUUCAUUAUGCAAAUUGAAAAAAACAAAAGCCCUGGGGAUUUUGUAGCUGUCUUUUGUGUGUAUUUCUAUAGCUGCAGACUGUCCACACAGGAUGCUUUUGAACCUUAGGGUGGAUGAUCCUAAUUCUUGCACAUUUUCCUAAAGAUGUGCUCCCCCAAUGAGACCUGUUUGGCCACUUACAGUAUGAGUGGUGGACAACUGGAGGAGGUGACCAUUCUCUUUCAGUCCAUGUUGCUGGUUUAAGGGGCUGAAUCUGAAACAGAUUAAAAGGAUCAUGUUGCCGAGGUGAGUCGCUGUCAUUUUGUUUAAAAAGAGCGGAGUGUCUGCAAUAAACUUGGGCAAAGG